UAGACCGGCGUGCUCAUUCUGCAGCGAACUGCCGCAUCGAACGGACGUGAAUUCUGAAUAGUUGUCAAAAAGACGACAAGACGUAAUUAAAGAAAAAUACAUAUCGAGCGAAAUAUAACAAGGCGAACGCAUCUCAGGAACGCACUUGUGAAGGCGCGACGUGUAUGCAGUUUUCCAGCCGAACGCAGCGAUUAACAUCGAGCCCUAUUGUCGUAGCAGAUUGACGGAUCGAGCGAUACGUUAUCAACGCAACGUCAAGCAAGGCGCCAGCGCGCGAAACGAUAUCUCAACGAUUGAUUUUUUGUCGGAUUGACGUGCGAAUUAGAAUUUUGCGGCGAAGCUAGAUUUGUAAUUCGCGGAGAAAACCAUCAGCAGAAGUAUCGACAGUCGUUGAGACAGUGAGGAUUAUUUCUUUUUAACGCAGCGAGGUGUCUCGUGCGUGUUGAACUUUCUAGAACUGUUACGAGAGCGAUAAGGAGAGCAAGCGAGAGAAAGAGACAGACGAGGAUAGCUCGAGCCGACGACGUGUGAGACAGAGGCGGAAUUAGCGAGCGCGAAGAGCGAAAGAGUCGAGUCGACGAAAGGAGGGACAGAGUGUACGCACACCGGCGAACGAGAUGGCGUUUAUGAUGCCCGUGAUGAAAAACGAAUGGGACAUUUACAAGACUAAUCGCAGCCGGCGCUCGUCCGAGUGCUCGAAUCCGCAGGCCUGUCGGAGUAGAAAGGUCUGGCGUACUAGCAGGCACAAUCGUCUUGCAAAGUGUGGCACAUCUGAUCAUCCUUCUGUCUCGAUUCUUAUGGUGUCCGAAUGUUCCAAGUCAGAGGGUCCGUCGUUGUCGACCUCCCCCGGCUCUGAUUUCCUGACCUCGCCGGCGCAUCGGUCCGUGCCGUUGACCUCGCGUCAUUUCUCAAGGACGUCUUCGAGGGCGUCUCAGAGUUCCCUGCAGAGUCCAAGCAAAAGCACGAGCACAUCGCCACCGAAGACUGGCAGUUCGAACUCUCUCAACAAGUUCCAUAACCGAUUGGUCGACAAGUUGAAGCGCUCGCUGAAGAAGGCGGAGGAUUGCGCAGAAGACCAGCGAAAUCUAUCGUGAAACAGUCAUGGGGUUUUGGGCCGGCCACCCGUAUCCGGCUCGAAACCAAUUGAGAUCCGACGCACCUCGGCACCCGCUACCACAUCUGAAGCGAGUAGCAACGUGGCGGCACGCUCGUGUCCGGAUCCACCUUCAGCUUGGUAGAGAAGAAAGAAUGCAAGAAAGGAGAGAGAAAGAUGAUAAAGGGAGAGGGAGCAACAGCAGCAAAAAAUAUAUGUAUUAGAGAGGAAGAGAUCGAGAGAGAGGAAGAAUGCGUGUAUGAGAAUGAGAAGAUCAACGGGCGCAAAAGAAGGACGAAGAAGAGCGAAGAAAUAAACUUUCGCUCGUCGCACGUUUAGCUCAAGUAUGAAAGCGAGCACAUACAAGUUUGUUAACCCAGCACAAGCAAGAAGGAAGAAGAAAGAAAGAUACAAUGAUCCUUGAUACGUUAUUUUCGUUCGCUAAAUAUCGACAGUCGAUUGUGUCAAGGAUUCUCGCGGGUCAAGAGAUACCUCGACCGAGCGAUCGAAUGAUAGGAGGAGCCUCGAACACUUGAGAUGAUGAAGAAAGAUGUUGAUUGCAAUGCUUUUAAAAUAACAGCAAUUUGCGCGACAACUUCGAUACAUAGGGAAUGAAGAAUAUCGAUAAACUAAUAGAAGAAUGAAGACCUAAUCUUAUAGUUUUUCUGGCUGAACCUGAGAAUCUGAUCAAGAUAAAGGAGAAGAAAUGAAAUGAAGAAGAGAUGGAAAUCCUGAAAGAUUUACAGCUUACAACAGAUCGAUGAAUGAAGCAUUCGAUCGAAUCUCUCAUGGCAGAGAUUUUGGAGGUGACCGAUGAUCAUCAGUAAUUGAAGGAUAAUCGUUGGAGCAACGGCAACGCGGAAGAAGGUAUAUAACAAACAUGUCUAUCGAGAUUAUGUAUCGAGUUUGCGCGUCGCGAAUAUUUCAUUAAAUAUUGCAGGCUCGUGGUCAGUUGGUUACAAAAUAGUCACUUGUGUUGUCAGACCUAAUAUCGAAGUUCCCUCAUUGCGUACGAGAUCGUGCGCAUUCUAUAUGUUGUUCUCUUUUUAACAUAAAACAAUUAAAAUCAAAAUCGAAGAAGUAAAGAAUAUUUAGAAUGAUUGGGCGCGAAGGAAUUCCGGUUUUCGUGAAAAAAUUGCUUGGUUGCCAUCACAUCGAGCAGAUACCUUGUAAGAGAUAUUGUAAAGAUAUUCAAAAGAUACUUUGAUCUUUUAAACAAAUGUGCGUUUAAACAAACCGUUCUUUUAAACAUCUUUCAAAUAUCUUUUAGACAUUUGUUGAGAAAACAAUUGAUGCGUUUUUUAUUUCUUUGCAAAAUUAUUUCAUGUUAAUUGUGAAAGCAAAAGUAAAUCUCUCUAUUAUUCUCUUCUUAAUAUCUAACUUCGCAACUUAGACUGAAAAACGUUUGCCAAUCAGUAACGUCAUAUAAAACUGUUUAGAAAUAGAAGCUCGUAUUCUCAGCGCGCUAAAUAUGGCUCUAUCCAAACGUGAGUACGUUAUUUAUUUGCUUAAUACAAGGAAUUUUUCACAGUGUAUAAUAAAGACAGAGUCGAUGUCAAAUGCGCGAUGAGAAUACGGGUCAAAAUAUAAAGAGAAAAAAAGAGAGUAAAAGGAAUCGUAAAUAUAUUCUUGUUUUUAUCGUGAUAUCAAACUGAGAACAAUAGUAAGGCUCGCCUGUUGUUCGAAUUGGGAUCGAGUUUAUGUGCCGGAAAAAGCAGUUUUCCGCCUUUGCGGGAUAUCGGGUCGCGCAGGAAAAUAUAUAUGCGUGUGCUGCGAGGUGGUUUUAAGAGGCGAAUUAAAUGUGCACACGCGUACUCUUCGAAUCAGAUCACGUACGAACGAAGCCUAAGAGAAGCGCUUAUUUUCAUGUAUAUCCCGUGUUAUUCGUCGCAAGAUUAGUCGUACUUAUAAUUAGUAUUCGCAUAAGCAUAUUUGCCCUAUACGGAUUAUUUUUCUCACGUGUUCACCUUCUAUAUCAGAAAAUCUCCGCCGGAAAUCGCGCCAAGAUAACGCGAAUUACAACGCAUAACGUGCUUGGCGUAGAAUAACUAACGCAUCAAGCAGCAUGCAUCAACAUAUGAAUUGAUGAUUUUUGUUUAAUGAAAAACAAAUUAAUUUGAUUUAAUACAAAUCUUAUAGCGUAAAAUCUUUACCUAAAAAUCACAAAUCACAAGAAAGUGUGUAAACUGGAAAUAAUUUGAGAUGUCGAAUGAGAUUAAGCAAUAUUUUAAUAUAAACUUGUUCAUAAAUAUUUUUUUUAUAAAGAAAAUAGCAUUAAUUUUUUGCGAUUCUUUUUCAAGAAAAUAAGAAACGUAUUUAAAUCAUUUGCAAUUAUUGACGCAUCGUCUUACUAAAUGACAUUGCUAAUUGCUCUUCGCUUUAUGGCGUACGAUAGCAGCGCUAAUGUACGUGGCAGAGGUCUAUGUAGGGAAGCAUGACAGAUACAUCCGGUACCAUUAAAGCAUUCUGCCGAUGUAAACGCGUUGCAUUGCGUUGUACGCGAAAGGCGCGAUAUCGUUCCGGAGAUUUCCUUAGAUCACGGCACUUGAGGUGAACCGAAUAUAGAUUUAAAAAUAAAUCGCAUUUAUCACACAUCAUCGAAGAUGUAACAACGUUUCUCCCGAGGUAUACCUCGCGCACGAGUUAUUUGUAUUUGUUGUUUCGCGUCGCCGCUCUACAAGCGCUUGUUAAUUUUUUCAUGUAAUAUAUAUAUACAUAUAGUGUAUUAUUUCGUUAAAAAUAUCGAGUCGAUUGGACAGAGAAAGAUGAGGAUCGCACACGUGCAAAGGACGUCGAGUAUUAAGAGAAAAGAACGCUACUUUUAUUAUGAAAGUUUUCUUUUUUUGUACUGAUUAAUUAAUUAGAUAAAAUAUUUCGAUUUAGGUAUACAGUCCAAGUUUCUAAUUUACAGAAAUAAUUAGAUGGUGCUUUCUAAUUCACUAUGAUAUGGAAAGGAGAGAAAUAUUUACUUAAUUGACGUAUUAGUAUUAUUAUUCGUAUUAUUCGUAUUAGUACAUAUUUUUUCACAUAUUAUUUUUACAUAUUAUUUAUUAUACGGAAAUAAAAAAUUAAAAUGGAUCACAUUAAUAAUUAUUAUUAAUAAUAAUUAUUUUUGGAAAUAAAAAUUAAAUUUUUAAAUAAUUCAAUAUAAAUUUCAAUAGAAACGCAUAACGAUUUUUUAAACAAUUAAAUGAUAAAACUAUGCUCAUUUUCUUAUAACACUCGACUCUUCGUGUCCGUUUGUUCUCGUUUACGGCAAAAGAUAUGUUUAGCACGCUUUCUUUCUAUCGGUUGCGUAUCGGAGAUUACGAACUGGGAGCAAUUAAGUGAUGCCGCAUGUAAUUCUGUGAUACCGUAUAAGCUAUAAGGUAGAAUUACUCUGCAACGAUUAAUGGAUUAGAGGGGAGAUGAUUAUGGUAUUAUAGUUAGGACGAGAUUCGUACGAACGCUUCGAUUCUUCGUCGAUUGCAAAUUCGCGUUAUUUGAAAACCGAAAUGACAAAUUUCUUCUUGAUUGGGCUGAAUAACACGAGAGAGCUUUAGCAUGAAAGAGAGCUCCAAUAAUUUUUUUUUCUCUGAAAAGAGAAUAACGCUGCUUUCGGAAUUUUUCGAGAAAGAAAUUCUGGCACACGAGCAUUUGAAGUCGUUUACGUCCGUCUUAACGUGUACAUAAUUUUAAGAGUCUGAAAAAGAUAACACUCCGAAAGCGUUUAUCGAUUAUUUCGAGACAAAACAGUACAACGAAAGCUAUAUUUUAGAUUAAAAUGGCAGACACUUUUUGGAAAUUUAACUUAGUUUCAGAAGCUGAUCUAAUCCGAUUUAAUAUCUCCUGCAAGAAGUAAAAUAUUUCUUCCUUCUCGAGUUUGUGUUUAUAAUUCAUGCAAAAAUGUGGAUCAACAUGUCGAUUCGCGCUUUCGGAUUCACAUCAGAUUUAAGAGAAUGCUUAGUUGGUAGAUAUCGUGCGGAAAAUUUUGAAAAUUCACGUAGCUCAACCUGCAUUUCUCUCUUCGGGUGCAGAUGGCAGGGGGACGAAGAUGAGGAAAGGAGAAAGAGAGCGAGACGGAAAAACCGCAAGAAAGAGAGACAAGAUUGUUUGCGAACAUCGGUUAACGAAUGAUGAAACAGAUUCGAAAUCAUUUUGUAUAUUGAGAUGCAUACCGGAUAAUUUCCAAAAGUUGCCGCUUUAUGUAAGACUGCUUUAGUGAAACAAGAAUAAAAAAAAAAAAACACAAACAAAAAGUAUCGAUAUAAGAUGACUUAGAGCGUCGUGGUGCUGAACGGAGCAUUGGGAUACGCGAUGUUUGAUGGGGUCGUAUUAAAAAUUUAGCAGUAUAAUAUAUGUCAGAUAUAUAUUAUAUUAUACACAUAUAUGAUAGUUUUUUACAAAAAAAAUAUAUUUCUCUGUCUAAAGCUUUUAUAAUGUUACGCAGGUUUUCGUACAAGUUAAAAACUACUAUUUUUAGAUUGAAUCGUUUUUUGACAUUUCGAUUUAUUGUUAUAAAUUUGAUAAUAGAUAUACUUAUUUUUUAUUCUCUUUUUUUUCACACAUUUAGUAUCUUACUUUUUUUGAGAGUUCACGCGUGGUACUGCCCUCAGCGCGAACUGGGGCGAAUUACGACCCAACUCGUGCGUGCGUCCCAAGGUUUCGCCGAUUAAUUCGUACUGAUUAGAAAAAUGGUGUUAUUAGAGUUUAGAGAUUGAUGAGAUAUAAUACAAUCUAUUUAUUACGGCGGCCUCGGACCGCGGAGUAAACGUGGAUUGGGAUCUUUCUUCAAUAAGAUUAUCAAAUUUCAUAUUAAAUGUCUAUCGUAUUGGUCCUUAUCUUUCUUCUAGAAAUAUAAAUACAGUAGAUAAAGAGAAAUAAUUUCGUUUAACAUCGCGCAAUCUCUCGAUCCACUUUCAUUCUACGGUCGCAAUGCGAUUACAAAGCUGUACACGCGUGCAGAUAUAUAUGAAUACAUAUGUAGUAAAAAUAUAUAUGUAUGCAUAUAUACGCGUAAUAUGUAUAUGUACAUAUUAUUUAUUACGCGACGACUUGACUAUUUUUUGUAUUACUACUAAAGUUUUAUGGUUAUAUUUGUUAUACCUCACUCGGGACAUUUUGAGCGGAUUUUUAGCGUGUGUUUGAGGAGAAGCAAGAUUUUUGCAAAUUUAUACAACGGGAAUAAUUUUCCCUCGUCUCUUCUUUUUUUUUUGCGGCGAUUAGUAUGCGCGUCAAAUUUUUUCAGCAUGAACAUUAAAAUCAUUGUAAAUUGUAUGUGGGAGUUAUAAUCUACUCUUGAUAAUGUGCAAUAUAUAUAUAUGAUUACGAAAGAAGAUUAUUAAUUCAUUUUAUCAUCGUUAAUGUGACAAUAAAAUUUAGAUAAUUUACAGAUUUUUAUUUGUUUCUAAAAUAUAUUAUUAAAAGAUUAAUCUAGGCCCUGUGAAAAAAAUUUAUCUUGCAAAAGUUGUACUUGCUGGAACGAAGACCCAACAUCGUCGUCGAUUACUCAAGUACUUUCUCCUCACUCACGACGAUUGAAUAUCACUGCCAAAAGCCCAAGAUUAUAAUAAAAUAACAAAAAAAAAAAAUGUAGCAUAGCGGCGUGGCCCGAUCGGAUCCCGCAUUUUACGCGCUCGGUCACGCCGUCUCAUCUGUUGUCCUUUAUUCACAUACAUUUGUCUCUCCGAUUUAUAUGAACAUAUUUAUUUUUCGACGGAUAGCGACUUACGUUGUUAAAAAAAUCGUAUCGUACCGUUCGCUUUUUUUCUUGUGACUUUAGCGCCGAUGACGAUACCAAUUCUCGCCAGUGAUUAAUUACAAAAUUUAUAUUUUAUUUUAGUUUCUUUGCAAUAUGUAGGAAAAAAUAUUGUAAAAUAAGGUGAACAGUACAAAGAAGGACCUUUUGAACAUGAAUUAACAUUUAGGAAGCCAUAGUUCUGAUAUUUUUUUUCAAAGAGAUAAAAAUGUCAGAAAAAAAUCUCCGUGCAAUAAGCUUUUAUAAAUGCUUAAUAUUAUACAAGAUUUAUAGCGACGGACACUACAAUAUAUGCUGGACUUAUAUACUUUUAUAAGUACAUUUAUGCAUAAACCGAUCAUAAAUCAAAACUCGAUUACUACUAGGUUGAUAUAAAAGUCCUAUUUUAUUGAUUUUUUAUUAAUAUUAUUAAAAAAUAUUGUUUCGAAAGAAUUUUUUAUAGAAUAUUUAUUUUUGUGUUUUUAUAUCUGCUAAUUAUGUCUACUUAUCCUCUUUAGCAUACGUGAUAAAUGAUAUAAUUAUGCCAUCUGCAUUUUUAAUGUGAUGAUUCACUUCCAGUGGAGGAAGUGCGACAUUAAAUCGAGAUUCAGUCUCACUUUCGCAAAGACGAAGGCAAGUUACCGUAUCGUCGUCGAGAUCGCUAAUUAUCCGAGAAGUUCGUAGUCGGAGAGAGAUGCGAGCGAAAGCGAAACGGUGGGCGCACAUUCCAUGUGUAACGAUCAUACAUACGUGUAUAAAGUAAUCAUCUGUUAGAGCUUGAUAGGGAAUUCAUACAAACAAACACACACAUGCGUGCGAGACAUUAUAUACUGGAAGAUUAUAAAUGAAUAAUAUAUCUGAGGUUUUCAAAGCUUAAAUAAUAGACUUCGGUUCAUCAUUAUUAUGUAUCGUGAUUUUUAUGUCAUGUUCAAUAAAUGAGUUUUAAUCUGCUUA